CCUCAGAGGGGAAAAACUCAAAUAAAAAUCACUAAGGUUUAAUAUAUAUCGAAUUCGAUACAAUUUAAUCAUUUAUCCCAUGUAUAGAAGCUACUACAACUACAAUGUUUAAGAAAUUUCAACACAAAGAGAAUGUUUCUGGUGUUACCCAAGUGAAAUCCUCAGUCCAAAGAGGAAUCAAAAACAAAAUAGUUGAACAGUUCCCACCAAUAGCAGAUUAUAUUAAUCAAAUCUUUCCCAAAAAAGAUCCUAUGGUUGUUGUUAAAUGUCAUGAUCACAUAGAGAUUCUUUCAGUCAACCAAGAAUUACUGUUCUUUAGACAAAGAGAUGGCACUUAUUAUCCAAGUCUAAGACUGUUACAUCAAUAUCCAUGUAUGUUACCCCAUGAACAAGUUGAUCGUGGAGCUAUCAGAUUUAUUCUUAGUGGAGCUAAUAUUAUGUGUCCUGGCUUGACAUCACCUGGUGCCAAGAUGGUACAACAACCAAAAGAUGCUGUGGUUGCGAUAAUGGCUGAGGGCAAACAGCAUGCUUUAGCUAUAGGAGUACUCAAGAUGUCUACAGAUGAGAUUUCAUCAGUGAAUAAAGGCAUUGGUGUGGAGAAUAUACAUUAUCUAAAUGAUGGAUUGUGGCAAAUGAAGCACCUAGAGAAAUGAAUGAAGAGAACUGUUCCGCAAGAUAGAAAAGAACUUAAAAAUGCUUCAUGACAGUUAUAUAAUCAACGUUUUAUGCACAUUCUGUUUGGUGGAGAGCUAUGGUUUAUGAGCAAACAGACCACCAUAGCCCUUUCUUGAGUUUGACAAACAAUGUUUAUUCUGGUCUGAACAAAAGAUGUUUGUACCCAAGGUAGACCACAAUGCACCAUGUUUUCUAUCUCAGGAAAGGUCAAUGCUUAUGCUGUCCACCCACCUGGCUUUGCAAACAUAAUUUAUUGUAAGUAGGUAAACUACAAUAAGAACUAGAACAUUCUUUUUAUGUAUAAUAAAACAAUUAGAGAACUUUUUUUCUCUCAGUAA